AAAGUUUCGGGGACUGACUCAGUAACUCAGGAGCUCAGUAGCUCAUCCGUCCCACAACCCUUAGCACGUUCCGUCCCACCCACUUGGUGUUUCAGGGGCCCAUCAUAUACAGCUAUUAAACUACCCAUACUUGCAUAUUUUUGGGAGAAUAUAGUUAACUUAUUAUACAAACGAGGUGAGUGCAUGACAGGAGUGCUAGCUAACCAAUACUAACUCUACCUAGUGACUGAUAAACUAACUAACCAACAUCCAAAUCUAACCAAAGAUGUCACUAGUGAAAUAACCCCCUAGAUUAAAGAAAGCCAAAGAAAACCUUGUCAAACAUGGAAACUCAACAGUUUCAUUUAAAGUGGAACAACCACAGUCUUAACACCUUGUCCUCCUUUCAACACCUGUUAGACACCUCAUGCUUGGUCGACGUGUCGCUGACCUGCAGCUCCGGGAAGGUCGUCCCUGCCCAUAGAAUGGUGCUAGCUGCUUGCUCCGACUACUUUUACCGCCUGUUCAAGGAUCUACCGGAAAAGCAUCCUGUGAUAGUGUUCAAGGAUGCAAGCGAACAGAUCUUGAACGACCUGCUUGAGUUUAUGUAUAGAGGAGAGGUGGAGGUGGAUGAAUCUAAUCUCAGCGACUUUUUAAAAUUUGCAGAUACACUCCAGGUGAAAGGAUUGAGCCAGGGAGAAGGUACUCCUGCCUGGAAACUAAGGGAGGAAGAAGGACGACCUACUCCUACCUCAGUCUGCACAACUCCCCAUAGUUCUACUCCCAGAGAUACCCCACCCAUUAGCCUUAAAGAUACUUCCAAGCUUACAACAAGUGUGCCCGAAUCUGUGACUAAUAUGAACAAAGCCUAUCAUUUCACGUCUGCGCUAGUCGCCGGUCUUCCAGGCCAGCCAAAGUUUCCCGGAUUCUUCCACGGGCUUCCAGCCGGCGAUCCCACAGAUAUAUAUUCACAACUUACCUCUCCAAACCUCUUUAAUGCCCUAAAACGCAAGUACCCUGUAUCUCUAGGACAAAAACAUGGCUUCCCAGUAGAUCCAGAAUCACCUGUUCUGAAAAUGCCUUUUCUAAAAGACUAUUUUGGAAAACAUCCAUUGGACCUCUCAGACUCAGCUAGGAUCGCCGCUUAUUCAAAUCUGAAGGAGGAAGACGACAUCGCCGAAAGAAGUCCGCCCAUGUCUGAAUCUGAGAUCAACAACGACGACAGCAAAUCUGACAUAUUGUCUAUGGGUUCCGAAAAAACCGGAAGUGGCUCCCGGAAGCCUCAGGGCCGAGGAAGCCGAUUAGAGCGAAUGAUUGCAGCAGAAUACAAGAUUUUAAGCGAAUAUGCCGAUUCUAACGGAGCUCCGGAGUCCCUGCCAGCCAUAACACCUGAGCUCAUGAAAUCCCGAAGAACACACUCGCUUCAGCUCGCAAUUGGAGAAAUUCUGCAUAAUCGUGCGAGCGUACAGUCUGCAGCGACCAAAUACCACAUUCCAAGGGAGACUUUAAGGCGACAUUACCAGCGGUACCUGAAGGCUAUGGGGAUUAACAAGGAAGGAUCUCCCGGGGCUCCGCCCUCGGGCAGAUCUUCCGCCACACCGACCAAGUCCUCCAUUGAGACACUCGCCGCAGCCGCCGCGGCGGCAGCUGGAGAGGAGGGAAGUAACUACAGUAGUCUUCUUGAUAUAGGACAGGCUUAUGGAAUAUGGAAUCCAGGAGAAGAAAAUAGCAACGAUAUUCCUUGUCCUCGUGACCUCAAGAUAGUUGAGGAGGAGGGAGAUCCAGAGGACGAGGAUGAGGAUGUAACUAAUGAAGAGGAUAAUAGGGAUGAUCAGGAAAUAGAUCCUUGUGAAGCCCCUGAAUCUCCUUCCAAUCCAACACAAAACAACAACAAUGUGACCCCUGAGAAGCCCCUAGCUGCUCCUAGACAAGUUCCCAUGGAAAUCUCCUAAGAGGCCUUCAACACCUGAACUGCUUUUAGAUACUUUUAAAAUAUCUCCUUUUUUGGAGUUCUAAGGUGCAUGCUAAGGAAGGUGCAGAAACCCCAAUUUUAAGGGGUUCCACUCCCCCUUUCUAAGGGUCCAAACCCCCUUUUCUAGGGCAUAUGAACCCCAAUUACCAAAUGCCCCCCUUUCUUCUGUAUAGAAGUGCAGUGUAACCUGAACCCCUGUAGCCUGAUUGUCGUAAAACGAAGUGUCGCCUAUUUAUUGAACGUUGCUAUAUGAAACCUUCUUAACACAUAGAAUAUUCUAUUAAAAAUAUAUCUCUAAUUGGUCCUUUAUACACCAGCAUAUCUUAGCUUUUUAACAUAUCUAGUUUAACCCGUUAUCCCAUGAGCUUAAUUAUAUGAACCAAAGAAGAAAAUAGACAUUCCCAAACUAUGCCUUUAAUAAGGCUAUUUUUUGUACUUAUAUUGCCUAUAAACUAGUCUUUUUGUUAUUUAUUUGUUAAACAUCACAUAUCAUGUAAAAUGUUACCAAAGAUUCUAUAUCAAAAGACAUUCCAAAAUGUGUUAAUUAUCGAAACUGUAACUUAAUUAUAAUAAGCAUAUCAAUUGAAAUGUUAAAAAUUCCAUAUCGAUUCGAAUAUUCUAGAAUAAUUUGUAUAUUUUGAUUUAUGUUGUACACAGUGUAAACUGUACCGCUGUUGCAUGUAGUUUUACCACGGUUAUGUACAUUGUACAAGUGUUGUACAACUAGUGCGCAUUCUGCGUUCACAAUGUUGUGCAGCACUGCACAGCAUCAUUAACUAUAGCUGAACUGAUUCAUUGUGAUUUAAUUUCUUUCCAGUUUUUAGAAGAUUUUUGUAAACUUUGUAUCUGUGUAUUUUUAUGUUAGGUGUUGGGAUAAAUGUGUGAUAAAGUGGGCGGUUAAAUCGAAAAAGUAAAAUUUUAGCUGCUAAAAAAGGCCUAGAGAAAACGUCUUUCAAGAAUUUGGAGAAUUUUUUGACGAUUAUAUUUUCUCAGCUCAAUACAUCCCUAACAACUAUUGCAGAGAUUCUCUGCUAUUCUUGCCUAAAUAUUUGCAACCCUGUAGGCUCUAGGUAGCUUCAGGAUAAUAGUUCUAUUUAUGAAUACAUGUUAUAUAAAAAAACAUAAAUGAUACCUUACCGAGCUAAUUUUGCACUAACUGCCAGAAAUCACUUUUUUUCAAACUUAAACCUGUAAAUAUAUUUUUUUUGAAAAAAGUGUUUCUGAUGAACCAGUGAGAAGUAUUUUGUUAUAUGUGUUAUCAACCCAAAUUUGCACCUUGAAGUCGUGAUUAAAUAAAAAUUAAAAACAAA